GCCUUGAUCUGCAGCAGAGAAAUAUAUUCAUUAGCGAAUCGUCUCCGGAAGUGCUGCGCGAUGUACUGGGUCCUCCUCCAUCGGUCCAAGUGAGAGAUUUUGGUGGCGGUCAUCUGUGGGUGUGGUACAGACAAAAGUGAACGUCCAAUUAGGAAAUGUGAGGGAGUGCGAGCUGAGAAGUCGGUAGGGUCCGAAGAAAGGAAAAUAAGCAGUUAGUGACAUGGGACGCAACAAAGAGCCCGAGCAGCAGGUCAGCAACCCAGUGGAGUCGAAGAAGUAUCGAGAUGAGUCCGUGGGCCACUUCCAGAACGGAUACUACGAACGUGCGCUGAUAGCUCUUGAUAAGGCAGUAGAACUCGCUCCCGAGGAAAAAGCUGCAUACGUGUCGCGCAGCAAAUGCUAUUUGCUGUUGGGCGAACCUCGACAGGCGCUGGCCGACGCCGAAACAGCGCUUGGCUUGGACCCUAAGCACGCCAAAGCACUGCUUCAGAAGGCUGAAGCACUUUACUACUGCGGCGAGUUCGAGAUGAGCCUCGUAUUCUAUCACAGAGGACUGCGCGCGAGACCUGACCUCAUAGAAUUCAGGCUAGGAGUGCAGAAAGCCCAGGAGGCAAUAGAAAACACCAUUGGUGAAAAACCCGUCAAGAAACCAGCACCGAAACGCAGGUCUUCUUCAAAGUCCCAAAAGCCGGUUUUGGGUCAGCUGAUGUCUGACAAGUUGUAUCUGGAGAAUUUGCUGAAGAACCCUGAUUUAGCCAUCGCAGACAAGAAGAAUGAUAUUGUGACCAAGCAAGCUGAAGAAGCGAUCAGAUUUUUGGAAAACAGGGAGGAGUUCUGGAGACAGCAGCAAUCGUAGAUCUCGUUGUUUAGGUACUUAUCUAAAAACACCGCCCAAUAAUGUUUUUAACUGAGGCAAUUUGAAAAACAUUCAAUAAAUUAUCAACUCGAAUCAACGACUGUAAAAACUGCAUCAAAAUCCGUUGUCGUUCAGGAGUUGGCGACGGAAAUACACAGAUGUGAAAAGUGACUUUAUUUCACACUAUGUAAUGACUGUUUUUCUCAAUUCUAGUCGAGUACAGUGAGAAUCAAGUUAACGUCUGUUAUGUAGCAUCAAAUACAACUUUAAGCAGUUUUUGGUCUGUAAAAUCCUGCGAGUUUGCGUUUACUGCGCUGUGACUAUUUUAUGUUAUAAGUGUGACUAACAAUCAUAUGGUCCGCCCGCCUUAUCGGUUCUUCUCAGUACAAGGUCU